UGAUGUCCUAAAAAUUCACGCAAUGUCAGUCCGUGCCUAGUUGAAGAUCUUGGUCACCCUUUCGCUUCUUACUUACCUUCACGAUGCCAACGCCCACUCUAUCCGGCACAAGUCUCCUCAACCUAGGACCCCUAACGACAAUAUGGACAGCCCCAGCAUCAUGCGCAACCGCAACGCCAACCCCAGCGCUAGCUCGAUUGAUUGACCCCAGUGUGGCCUACUGGUUACAAACCUGCCAAGUCGACCGCGACCCGUACGACGACUGCAUCCCCUCCGGCGAGUUGCUGAACUCGGAGUACCAUUCACGCCGAACCUCUACCCAGAAUUUCCUCUUCCAUCACUCCCCGGGCAGCCAGUGUCCCUCCGGAUGGGCCACCGUAGGCUACGGCGUCCGCGACGAGACGUCCUCGCACUCCUUGAGCGGCGUCUUUGCGGACCCGACGGUGACGGUCGAUUUACAGACGACGACAUCUAUUGCAUCGGAGAUUAAUCCCAGGUUCGAGUUGGCGCCGAAUUUGUUCAUGUCGGCGAUGGAGCCUUCGGAGACUGUGGUCGUGUGCUGUCCGAGUGGUUAUACUGGGGGAUUUUAUGGGAACUGCUAUUCUUCGACCGCCAGAGAGGCCUACACGGCUACUACGGGUUGCCAGUUCUUGAACGUAAACGAGAUAGAACUCGUGGAACGCACGUAUACUUUCCAUGGGAGAGUCGUCACGGGCAACUCCGUCUCGACGAAGGGCUCGGUUGUUUCGUUGUUGCCGAGGACAGAGACGAUUGACGCGGAGAGAAGCACGAGCUACGUUGGCGUGUUGAUCACGCCUGGAAUCACGCUCGUGAAUAAAGGCUCUGAGAAUGUAGUUCAGACCUCAAUUGCUGCUUCCGGGGAGGGUUCGUUGACGGGUGCGACUGAGACGCCCAGCUCUGGAGUUCCCUCCAAGGCCAGCUCAUCGAUGGUCAUUGGUGUUAUCAAGGCUGUUUGGGGGGUCGCGGUGGUGGCGAGUGCCGCUCUUAUGGUGCCUCUUUGAUACAAGUCCACGAGUUUCACAACUCAGUCUUUCUACGAUAGUGCCUAGGGAACCUAUCAAGCAUCUACAUAUGCACCACACUUAUGAAGACUUGUGAUGAUACUGAUUCCACUUUAUCCAUAUUCGCUCUAUUUCUAGUUGAGAGGUCCCGCCGAGUCAUUUACAUAAUGGUGGACCCUUUAGCUCAACUCUAAGUGGACAACCCCAAAAUGCAUGCGAAGCGAGUCCCAUUUGCGGAGACGCACACAACAAAAACAUAGCAAACUUUCCCUCUCUUCCACAGUCAAUCUGCAUGAUAUGCCAAAAGAGAAUUCAAGGACCGACCGCGAUUCGAA